UAAUCGGUUCAUAUGAUUUGAGCAUGGACUAAUGAAUUUUAAGCAUUCUUUAACCUUUAUUGUCUUUGAGGUUGAUUUUGAAGUAGAUUUCAUCCAUGGUUUUUUUUAAUGGUUGCUGUUAUUUGGACUUCUCUGAUUGCUUUAUUGUUGUGUUCUUUCAUUUGUUGCUUUUCUACCAACCCAACUGUUAGAAUUCUUUAAUGCAAAGAUGCCUUAAAAGGGUGUAUUUGCUUUGAGGUCGUCUUUGUUUAUUGGUUUCAAAGUCAAAACCCUUCGGUUUCCCUCCUCCUCAUAGCCAAUUCUCAGGUUCUUGUUAAUUUAUUCAUGCACCACAGAGGAUUGAUGUCUUGAUCUCUGUUGAAUCAUCUAUUAAAUCCUUCCCAGUUUACGAGAAGAGAAAUUUCUUAUUAGCUGACAGACACACACUGUAUUCUUCAGAGGUCAACGCAUGUUCGCUCGGACUUCAGUAGAAACUGGCACAGAAACACUUGCUGCUCAAUCUAGGAGGCAGUUUUGGACAGAAGAAGAAACAUUUUAUGCUCAGACAUCGUUCCUCGCAAACGAAAAAUCAGACAUGUCCUUAGUCAAGUCAGCUUCAUCUUUUAGAAACCGUAAACUCUACUCUUUGAAGGAUUCCAGGAAUAAUUCUGGUUUUUCAAAAGCAAUCUUGGAGAAGCAACAAGGAAUUACGUACUCAAGUGAAUCUUACAGCGAUGGGAGUUAUGAUCCAAAGUAUUUCCUUGAAUCUCCAUCAGAAGAAUUUGCACAUUCAUCAAUCUCUGAUGUUUUGGGAAAUCGAUUUGACUCGCCACAUCCUUCUUCCAACCAGCUCUUAGCUGGCCAACAUUCUUUUAGCAACUCUUUCAUGCCUGCAAAACAAUGUGAUACUUAUGAAUUCAGUUAUGAAUCUGAAUACUUGGGUGCUGAAGAUCCUGAUGCAACAGAUUACGAUGAGGACGAGGUGAGACUUAAACUCCAAGAACUUGAAAGAGCACUUUUCGAUGAUAACAACAUUGUUGACAAUGAUCUAUUGGAAACUGAGCAUGGAUGGGCUGACUCAACCGAGAAUGUGCUGCUCCAUGACUCACCGAAGGAGUCAUCGUCCUCAGAUUCAAAUCUUAGUAGUAUUAGCAGCAAUAAAGAAAUAUCUGUGACCACUCCUCCAGGCCCCAAGCAGAUGCUUUUUGAUUGUGCAGCUGCAAUUCAAGAUGGUAACUUUGAUGAAGCAUCCACAAUAAUCAAUGAACUGCGCCAGAGAGUCUCAAUCCAGGGAGAGCCUCCCGAAAGGAUUGCUGCGUACAUGGUAGAAGCACUUGUAGCCCGCAUGGCUACCUCUGGCAAAGGUCUUUAUAAAGCCCUGAAAUGCAAAGAGCCCCCAUCUUCAGAUCGGCUUUCUGCAAUGCAAGUCCUUUUUGAGGUAUGUCCAUGCUUCCGGUUUGGAUUUAUGACAGCAAAUGGUGCAAUUCUGGAGGCUUGUAAAGACGAAAAACGAGUUCAUAUUAUAGAUUUUGAUAUUAACCAAGGAAGUCAAUAUUAUACUCUUCUGCAAACUCUGGCUCAGCUGCCUUAUAAGCCCUCCCAUCUGAGGUUAACUGGGGUGGAUGAUCCUGAAUCAGUUCAACGUGCCGUUGGUGGCUUAAAGAUCAUAGGACAGAUGCUUGAAACCCUUGCUGAAGAUCUUAAGAUACCAUUAACAUUUCAUUCAGUCGCUGCAAAGACCGCAGAUAUUGACCCAUCAAUGUUUGACUGCAAGCCUGGGGAAGCUCUUAUUGUGAAUUUUGCUUUCCAGCUUCACCACAUGCCGGAUGAAAGUGUAUCAACUGUAAAUCAACGAGACCAGCUUCUAAGGAUGGUUAAGGGCUUAAAUCCAAAACUUGUUACUCUUGUUGAACAAGAUGUGAAUACUAAUACUGCCCCAUUUCUACAAAGGUUUGCUGAAGCCUACAGUUACUACUCUGCUGUGUUUGAUUCUCUUGAGGCAACUCUUCCUAGAGACGGCCAGGAGAGAAUGAAUGUAGAGAGGCAAUGUCUGGCUCGUGACAUAAUUAACAUUGUUGCAUGCGAGGGAGAGGAAAGAAUAGAGCGUUAUGAGGUUGCUGGUAAAUGGAGGGCAAGGAUGAUGAUGGCAGGGUUUACUUCAAGCCCGAUUGGCCAAAAUGUGAAGGAUGAAAUUCGCGAACUGAUAAAGCAAUAUUCCGAGCGUUACAAGGUUAAGGAGGAGACUGGUGCACUCCAUUUUGGAUGGGAGGAUAAAAUUUUGAUCGCUGCUUCAGCAUGGAGGUAAACAGAGUUAAGUUGUCACAAAUGAGCCAAAUGCAAAAUGGGAGUGAUGCAUUUUCUCCUUGUUAUAUGUUGCAUCUGACUGUAGCUAUAAUUUUUGUAUUUUAUCAGGAUACAGGAUGAUGUAGGAACUAACUAAAGCGUAGAUUUGGUAUGCAUUGUCUUAAUUCCUGUAAAAUUAUGAGUUUUUAAGAGUGAUAGCAUGCGUAUCUUGAAUCUAGUAAUUAUUCCACCAUAUUUCCUUCCCUUCAA